CAAGUAGUAAAUGGAAUGAAAUUAUCUUUUUUCAGGUGAACUUUUCGUCAUAAAUCUGCUUCCUGAAUAUGUGAAGAAGGAGAAAGCGAAAUCUGAAAAAAUGGCAGCGAGCAAACUGAAGAGGACUCUAGAGGAAAACAACACACUGAAAACAAAGAGAACUAAACCUAAAUCACGCCGCUUAGAAGACAAGACACCCACUUCAAAACUGCAGCGAACUCUGAAGACACCCAUAAACGAACUGAAGAUGAGAGAAAACACAGUCAAACUAGCCCUCAACUCAAACAUGUGCCUAUUCAAGUCUCUACGAGUCAAAUACCAGUGUUUCUACUGCAAAGAACGGUUUUUCAAAAUCACACAGUUGAAAGAACAUAUUAGUUCAACCCACACUUGUGAUAAGGAGAAAAGUCUAAAAGUCGGCCGAGCUUCCUUUUGUAAAAACGCCGAAAUUACUGACCUUGCCUGCAACUUGUGUUCAGAGCCGUGUCAAUCAGUAGAAUCGCUACAAGACCAUUUAACAGAAAGACAUGGGAUUAAAUUCGAACCUGUAGGACACUUACUAAUACCGUUUCGUAUAGAAAAUGAGUUAAAAUGCGUGACUUGCGACGCGAAUUUCAACACAUUCGUCAGGUUACUAAUCCAUAUGAACACACAUUACACCAACCACGUGUGUGAAACGUGCGGUCGCAGUUUCAUAAACAAAGUCAGUUUGCGAGUCCAUGUGGCGAGUCUACACAAGGAGCGUAAAUGCAAAUUCUGUCCGGCAACUUUCACAACCAACUCGGCCCGAUACAAACACAUAGUUAAAAUCCACGACCAAUCGCGUCAGUCGAAAAGGUAUUGCCACAGUUGUAAUAAGACAUUUAAAUACACGUAUUUACUGGACGAGCAUAGGAUAAAAGAGCACGGAUUAGAACGGACCACAGCUUCCUGCCCUCAGUGUAAUAAGAUCUUUAUUUCGCCGAACAAUUUGAAAGUUCACAUAAGGUCCGUUCAUUUGCGUGAAAGAAACUAUCCGUGUAGUUUCUGUACAAUGAGGUUUUUUACUAAGACAGAUCAGAAAAGGCAUGAGAAGACUCACGGUAUUGCUGAGGCCGAUAUGAUAACUUGUACGUAUUGUGAUGCUAAAUUCAAGUCGAAAGACUCUUGGAGGAGGCACGUGAACAAGCAACAUCCACGGGCGUAUUGAUUUUGAGGUUAUAUGCGUUGCAAAUUCGUUUGUAGCUGGUUCUAGCUGAAAGCACAUGCUGAGUUGGGAAAGUUUUGCUAGUACACAAAUCUUCAACUGUAUGUUUCAGCACUAUUAUAUUAUUGUUAUUGUGAUGUAUAUUUCAAGAGGAAAUAAAUGAUGUGUCUAGUUGUGUAAUUAUAAUUUUAAAAAAUGCACGUGUUUAUGACACCCUGUAUAAUAUAGAGGAGAUUAGAUAUGUAUUAAACUCCAUAGCAAAGUUGUAAAGACACGGGUUAUAGACCUUAUGUAUGGGUGAAUGAAAUUAAAUAUAAUCGCGAACCUAUGUCAUUUGUUUUC